UUUUUAAUGUACACAUUUUUAAAUUAUUUCAAAAUACCUAAGAAACUACGGUUCAAUUGUAGUGUUACAAAGUUAAAAUGUGCCAUGAUCCAUUUGCUUUACGCCAGAACUUAAAGUAACAUCACACAUUGAAAUGUCAAAACGUCAAAAACUUCAAACUAAUCUUAGAAGCUGAAUAAAGCAGCUGUUUUUCUCUACCGUAAAAUUCGAGUUUGAAUUUGUUAGAGAAACAUAACAUAAAAGUUUAUAUUGCCUUAAUUGAAUUGGAGUAGUGCUUAUUCGAGAAUAUAAAUAAUGGCUCAAUCAUCCGCCGCGCCGCCGAAAGAGCGUUAUAUACCAAAUGGAUUGAAGUUCGCGUUUGGUGGCCUUGCAGGAAUGGCGGCGACGUGCGUUGUCCAGCCUUUAGAUUUGAUCAAGACAAGAAUGCAAUUGAGCGGCAGCGGGAAGAGCUCCUUCACUGUGGCCGGGGAAAUCGUUGCGAAGGAAGGCUUCUUCUCAUUGUACGCUGGGCUGUCAGCUGGCUUACUGAGACAAGCAACGUACACGACCACGCGGCUCGGAGUCUAUAGCUGGCUCUUCGACGCUUACAGAGAACGCAACGCUGGUGCCAACCCUGGCUUCGGCACGAAGACCAUGCUGGGCGUGGCCGCCGGGUCCAUUGGCGCGUUCGUCGGCACUCCGGCUGAAGUGGCCCUCAUACGGAUGACGGCUGACGGACGCCUGCCCCAGGAGCAGAGGAGGAAUUACAAGAACGUUGCUGACGCGCUGAUCAGGAUAGUGCGCGAGGAGGGCGUGCUGAAGCUGUGGCGCGGCGCCACUCCCACGGUGGGGCGCGCCAUGGUGGUGAACGCGGCGCAGCUGAGCACGUACUCGCAGGCGCGGGAGGCGCUCGCGGGCCGCGUGCCCGACGGCGUGGCGCUGCACUUCUGCGCGUCCAUGGUGUCCGGGCUGGUCACGACCAUCGCCUCGAUGCCCGUCGACAUCAUUAAGACCAGAAUCCAAAACGCGGCAAAAGGUCAAAGUCAGCUGUCCGUAGUGACCUCCCUGCUGCGGAACGAGGGCGUCCUGUCGCUGUGGAAGGGCUUCCUGCCGUACUACGCGCGCCUCGGGCCCCACACCGUGCUCACCUUCAUAUUCCUGGAGCAAAUGAACACGGCCUACUUCAAAUACACGUAAUGAGUUGCCCACUCUAAAACUUUUGGGGGAAAAUGGAGGGAAAUUUAUUUACGAAAUGGGGAAAACAAAUUUUGAUAUAUUUUUUGCGAUAAUUAAAAGGUAUGUAAGAAAAAAAACACGAUGGAAUGAUCUAGAAUGAGUGAUUACUUAAAUAAGAGUCGCGUGAGAUAUAGAGCAUAAGAUGAUUAUUUAUUGAUUUAAGGGAAAAAAUAUAUCGAUAUUUGUAGGCAUUUAUAGAUCAGCUUUUAAAAUAUAUUUAUAUACAAAUUCAAUUGAUAUAAUGUCAAAGGAAUCGGUCGUUUUUGUAGUGGCGCUAAAAUACGGUAAUUGAAAUUACAUACAUUUUAUUUUUUGUUAUUUUUUUUCUAUUUAAAUAUAAGCUUUGUUAAAAUGGGUGCCGAAUUCACUAGAAGGAUUCGUUUAGAAACUGCAAUAUUAAAAGUUUUUCGUAUAAUCGACUUUAUUUACACUGAACAUGUUAUAUAUAAUUUUGUCUUUAUUUAAUAUGAGAAGAUGUAUUUUUGUAUGAAAAAUCAUUGUUAUCAGCAUUUAGAUAAUUGUCUAAUUAUGAGUGCUGCUGGAGAUUCGAUAAGGUGCUUGUUUGCAUUGUAAACAACAAAAAAAUAUGCGCAAAACUCUAAUGUUAUAUAAAAUAAUGAUUGUAUAUAAUGAAAUCGAUGAAAAAUAACAGUAUGAACUUACUCGAACGAACGAAUAUUAUUAUGUCGCUUUGUCUAUAAACGCCAUGUCUAUGUUUUUUUUUCUCUGUACACAUAAUUACUAUGUAAAUUAGGAAUAUUCGAGAAUUACAAACGAAAUGCUUUUUCCUCAUUUACCAUUUAUCAGAGAACACACGGAAAUUACUUUUGAAUAAAUAUUAAUAUCGGUCACAGGAAAAUGGGAAUAGGAAAUAACGAUUUUAAAACGUUCGUUUUUAGAGUGACUGUGAGCUGCAACACCGUCUCGCUCUCUCUCGUUCUUUUCGUGUCGUGACGAAAGAGAUAGCAAUAUAUGUAGUUUCAAAUAUUAUCCAUCGCAUUUCUCUCGCAAUUUCCAUGGGGUAUGAGUGAUUCGACCAUUGUCACUCAAGAUUUAGGUUAAUCGUAUUUAUUAUCAUACACUCUCUCUUCUCUAUCGUUGUUGACAUUGAAAAAAAAAGCUGUUUAUUUAUUGGUAACAUUUGCCAGUAAAUAUAAAAAAAUAUAUAUUAUAUAGACAAAGGUGAAAUUGUUCUAAACAUUAUUACUGUCAAUACUAGAUUUAAGAGGAAAACAGAUUCCUAAUGACAUCAUUACAAACAAUCUCGUUAUCAUUAUCUACGGUUUUUUUUUUGGUCUAUUUGUAAAUACUUUUUGCUAAUUUCAUUCAAAAUUCGAGGCCACGGUUCUUGAAAUCAUAAUGCCGGUUUUAAAUCAAAAACAAUGUUAAUUCGUUACUAAGUCAAACAUUUAAUCUAGAGCGAAGGUAGAUGAAAAUCGUCGCAUCGGGUCGUUGACCUCCCGAAUCAACUCUGAUUUGUUCAUCGAUCUAUUGCAACAGAAUAUUUACAGUAAACUUGUUAUUUGAGGAGUUAGAUUAACGGACAUACGACGUUUUGCUUCUGUUAUCAAGACUUUCGGCUUUUGAGUUCUCGUGUUUGUUGUAUCAUUAUUGCUUUGCAGUUAAAUGCGAUAAUAGUGUUUAAAUUAAGAUCAUAUAAACUUCUAUAAUUUAUUUAUUCCUAAUUCUAAGCUCAAAGAUUUUGUAUACCUGAUUUAAAAAUAGUUUUUAAUCAUUAUAUGGCUUAUUUAUAAUUUCUUCAGUAGAGGCUUUGGAAUGUACCGCACUGACUGAUUUCGGAAUAUCGAAAGUAAAUAUGAUUUGUAUUUCAAUUAUAAUCUUUAUUUUCAUCAGAUAAAGUUGAAUUUCUU